AUGCAGGCAGCUCUUGUCGCGUUCGUCUUCGCUGCUGUGGUGCCCUGUGUUCUCGGCCAAGUAGGGCAAGGUGGACCAGGCGCACCUCCUGGGCCAGGACCUCACGGACCCCCUGGACCAGGCGGACCAGGACCUCACGGAGUUCCAGGACGUCCACGGCAUCAUGGACAUCGCGGUCUUCACAGGCCCCUAGAGCCGCCAUAUCUGGAAAAUGUCAGCGAAGAGGCUCGCAAAGAUUAUUUCAAAAUUAUGUUUAAUGAUAACCUCACGGUUGCUGAAGAAAAGGAGAAGCUUGAGGAAUGGGCAAAGGAAUAUAAAGUAGAGGACCAAGUGAAGAAAUUCGAAGAGCAUAUGGAAGAAGUGAAGAAGAAUGUUACAGAGCUGAUCGAUUCCUUGCCAACAGCUUUGAAAGAAUUUUCUGAAAUGCUAGAAGACCCUAAUCUGAAUCAUCGAGAGAUUGCUGAAAAACUGCGUGCUUUCAUCAAGACAAAUCCACAGGCUUUCCGUGUGGUUCGAUUCGCAUUUGAGCAAUUUAUGCCAAGCAUGGUCCACAUGGUCCACAUGGUCCACAUGGUCCACAUGGUCCACAUGGUCCACAUGGUCCACAUGGUCCACACGGUCCACAUGAAGGCGGACCUCGUCACCGUGGAGACCGACAUCAUGGUCGACACGACGACUUCUCUAGUUGACUUCGCUUUAACUUCACUUAAUAAAUAUUUUUGCUAUAUCGCA